UCGAGUUCACAAAACGUGGCUGUGCGGUACCCAGGUGAGAUGGUCUUUGGCGCUGAUGCUAUUGGCGCUGGCCUUGGUACCUAGUUUAGCAGAGCCUCCGCCCCCCAGCCGGUACGGCCCGCCCAAGAGCAGCUACGGCCCGCCCCGGCCGAGUUACGGCCCACCCAAGCCAUCUUACGGCCCACCAAAACCAUCAUACGGCCCGCCCAAAGCCAGCUACGGGCCUCCAAAGAGCUCGUACGGUCCUCCAAAGCCUUCAUACGGUCCGCCAAAAGGAGGUCACGGCCCUCCUAAGAGCAGUUAUGGACCCCCCAAACCAGUGUACGGUCCCCCCAAACCAUCCUAUGGGCCUCCAAAGCCUGUAUAUGGGCCUCCGAAAUCCAGUUAUGGACCACCCAAAGCCAGUUACGGGCCCCCUAAGCCUAGUUACGGCCCUCCCAAGCCCAGCUACGGACCACCGAAGGCAAGCUAUGGCCCACCCCCAAAGGCUUCUUAUGGACCACCCAAGGCAAGCUAUGGCCCUCCCCCAAAAGCGUCCUACGGCCCACCCAAGCCAUCUUAUGGCCCUCCGAAGGACACCUACAGUGCACCAACAUCUGCAUACGGCGCCCCAACACAGAUCUCCAGCUCCUACGGAGCGCCUCCAGCCAGCUACAGCCCUCCAAAACCCUCCUCCAGCUACGGCCCGCCGUCCACUAGCUACGGAGUACCAGAUAAAGGCGUAUCUUUCGGCGGAGGCCAUGGCGGCGGCGGCGGCGGACAUGGAGGGUUCGGUGGUGGCGGCGGUGGACACGGAGGGUUCGGCGGUGGCUCCUUCGGCGGACCGCCUUCCACGAGCUACGGCGUCCCCUCGAAACCCUCAAGCAGCUAUGGCGCCCCUUCUAAAGGCCCUUCAUCCAGCUACGGAGCGCCCUCUUCCAGCUAUGGCGCACCAUCCUCCAGCUACGGCGCACCUUCCAAACCAUCCAGCAGCUACGGCGCACCGUCCAAGGGCCCAUCCUCUUCCUACGGACCGCCCGCUGCCAGCUACGGGGUGCCGGACCACUCGUCGUUCGCUCCAAGCAGCUCGUACGGAGCUCCUAGCUCGUCGUACGGAGCACCCAGCACCGGCUAUUCCGCCCCCAGUCCCUCGCACGCAGCGCCGAGCAACUCCUACGGCGCCCCCAGCAGCGCGUACGGAGCUCCCAGCAGCUCCCACGGAAGCCCCGGCGGUUCAUUCGGAGCUCCCAGCAGUUCGUACGGCGCUCCUAGCAGCUCUUACGGUGCUCCGUCCCAAUCGUACGGCGCCCCCAGCGGAUUUGGCGGCGGAGGUGGCCACGGAGGGUUCGGCGGCGGCGGCUCCUUUGGUGGAUCCUUCGGAGGUGGCUUCAAGGGCAUCUCCGACUCCUAUGGAGCCCCUGCCACCUCGUACCACUCUUUCAACACGGCCGGACAAGGCGGCGGCCACGGCGGCGGCCACGGCGGUGGCGGCGGCGGAGCCUCCUACAGCACCUAUCACACGCCGUCCGACUCGUACGGGGCGCCCGCCGACAGCUACGGAGCGCCUUCGCAGGUAUCGCUGACGUACGGUCAGCACGACAGCGGCGUCAGCAGUAGCAACAGCGCGGCCGGCGCAGACGUGUACACGCACGGACAGGACAACCACGCGCACGAAACCGCCGUGGCCCCCGCCUCUAACGUCUACCGCACCAUCCAGACCACGCGGCACCAGGUCGCGGCGGCGAGCGAUCCGGGCGGAUCUCAGGUGCUGUCCCCCAACUACUACGAGGCGCUGGCCGACUCGUUCGGCAACCGCAUCAAAGCGCUGGCGACGCAGGGCGCAGGCAGCGGCGUCUCCGAGCAGCACCACCACCAGGCGUACUCGCGGACGUCUGACGAGGGCGACGAGGGCGACGGCCACGACGACGCCGACGUCGCGGGCUCCUCCUCCUCGACGUCCGUCGCGCUGGCGCCCGCGCCGGGCCACGGCAGCAGCAGCGCCGCGCUCUCCGCCAGCGUGCGCUUCCCCGGGGACGUGGAGCGCAGCGGGAAGCCCGCCGCCCACGCCCGCGCAAACGCCCACGCAGCGAGCGCCACCGCGCUGGCGACGCGCGACGCGCGCGCCCUCGCAGCCCCCGCU